AUGGCGUUGUGUUAUGCCAAUCAGAUUGGGAGUUUUUGGCCAAGACCCCUUACGGGAACAACAGUUUUAAUGGUUGACAAUUGUCUUUACAAGAUGCGGUGUUACGUGUAUUUGGUCGGGUAUGUGUCGCGUGAAGACUUGAUACUGGGGGUGAUUGACCGUGGCGAAUAUGCGUCAUACAGGGUUACUUUGGAGUAUAUUUCUAACACUGGUUUUGAAAUAACAGUUGAAGCCGCUCAAGUGGAUUUUAAAUAUCCGCAAGGGGUCGAAGGGGGUAGCGGGUAUUAUGAAUUAUUAGCAAAAUAUAUACAAGAAUAUUUAAGUAUUGAAUUAUGUGAGAUGGAUGGGGAUAUUAGGGGGUAUGAUAGUUCACGAAAAAUAUUAUAUUCUUCAAAAAUGUUAGCUGAGUUUCAGAGGUGGUUUGACUAUCGUAAGAAUGAAGAUAAAUUGUAA